CCUUCCGCUCAGCUUGAGCCCCGCCGCUCGCCGUCGGCCCCGUUGCCAUGGCUACGUGAGCGGCGCGGCCUAUUUCGCCGUGGAGCCUGAGAGUAGUUACCCGACAAAGCGGGCUUGCAACAAGCCGUUGUUAUGUCUUUCCGCGAUCUCCGGAAUUUUACUGAGAUGAUGAGGGCCCUGGGCUAUCCCCGGCUGAUCUCGAUGGAGAAUUUUCGGACUCCAAAUUUCAUGCUGGUUUCAGAAAUACUCCUUUGGCUGGUAAAAAGAUACGAGCCUCAGACUGAUAUCCCUUCCGAUGUUGAAACAGAGCAGGACCGGGUUUUUUUCAUUAAGGCUGUUGCUCAGUUUAUGGCCACCAAAGCUCACAUAAAACUCAACACCAAGAAGCUCUACCAAGCCGACGGCUAUGCCGUGAAGGAGCUGCUGAAGAUCACCACGGUGCUUUACAACGCCAUGAAGAGCAAAGGGAUGGAAACCACAGCUGUGGGUGAAGAAGACGUUGGAAAAUUCAAAUUUGAUCUGGGUUCCAGGAUCAGCGAUUUGAAGACAGCCAGGCAGCUUGCUUCGGAAAUCACUUCGAAAGGAGCAUCUCUGUAUGACUUGUUGGGCAAAGAAGUGAUGCUGAGGGAACUGAGAACAGAAGCAAUUGGAAGACCCCUCGAGAUCAACGAAACCGAAAAAGUGAUGCGCGUUGCCAUCAAAGAUAUUUUGGAGCAAGUCCAGAAGACCAACGACAUGCUGAGCAACGUGGCUUCUGAUGAAGCCAGUUUGGAGGCCAAGAUCGAAAAGAGGAAAUCCGAGCUGGAGAGAAACCACAAGCGGCUGCAAACCCUGCAGAGCGUUCGCCCUGCCUUUAUGGAUGAAUAUGAGAAAAUUGAGGAGGAGUUGCAGAAACAAUAUAGCUACUACGUGGAGAAAUUUCGUAACUUGACGUACCUGGAACAGCAGCUGGAUGACCAACAUCGCAUGGAGCAAGAGAGAUUUGAGGAAGCAGAAAACACUCUGCGCCUGAUGCAGAAUAAGCUGAAGGAGGAAGAGAAACGUCUGCUGAAGAGUGGAAGUCAUGAUGACUCAGACAUGGAGAUUCACGAGGAUGAGGGGUCGGAUAGCGACAUGGACGACCGGCAGCUGAUCAAGCAACACACAGCCAUGGAGAUGCUCAUGCAAGGGCGGCCCAGCAAAAGGAUUGUUGGAACUAUGCAAGGGGGAGACACAGAGGAUGAGAUCGGGACAGCCCGAGCCCGAACCAAAAAGCGCAAAGCUUCCCGAGCCAAAGCAAAGGAGGACUCAGAGGAAAGUGAAAUUGAUCUGGAUGAUGACGAUGAUGACGAAGAUGAUGAUUUGGAAGAUGACAGCAUGGACAUCUCGCCCACCAAGGCCAACCGGAGGGUCAGGAAGCCGGAGCCAUUGGAGGAGAGCGAUAAUGAUUUCUGAGGAACCUCAACAGGGACACCAAAUGCCAACUUGCCCAUGUCUAUGCCUAUGACGAGGCCAUAUUGAGACAGUAUAAGCUGUCCAAGAGAGCCAAGAUAGAUAUAUUUUAGGCCUCAAAGCUAUUAUUGCUUCAUGAAUUUUACAAGCUUUAAAAAUUGAGGACACAAAAAUUACACUUAACACCAGAAGCCCUGGCAGUCCUAUCGUGCUGAUGGUCAAAGAACCCCAUCAUCUUCAAGUUAGCAGUCUGGGAAAAGAAAUUUUGGUCAGUGCUAAGAUGAGUUUCUCAGCUAUUUCAAAGAGAAGUUUAGGGUGAAUUAACAGCCUGAGUUUGGGUCUACUUUACAGAUUGCAGUUGAAAAAGCCAACUCUCUGUAACAGAGGAAAAAUAACUUUUUUUUUGUCAAAGAUCAAGACAAAAUUGUCACUUGAGCAAAGUGGAGAAAAUCCCCCAAAAGGAGUGGCUGAUGGCCCCUCCCAUUUGUCCUUGAAGCUAUUGGUAGAGCCAAUUCCAAGUUGGCCUAUUGAGGAGAAACUCUCACCUGAGGAAAAAAUAGCUCUAGGGAAAAUAGAGUUUAUUUUCACCAAAUGAAUCAUAUACAACUCUAAUGCAAUCCCUGGUCCUUCUCUUUUCAGAUUCAUUGAAGUGUUUGAUAGACCAUUUUGCUCAAGCCAACACGUAUUGUUCUGUACCGAUCAGCUCAGUUCUCAACUGUAGGCCAAUAAAUAACAUUUUUGUUUUCCUUUU